UCUAAUCUCUUCCGGAAAUGUCACAAUAGAUAAAUAUUGUGAACCUACUCAAAAAGAUGUUGCGACACUUUUAAUAAUUGAUUUACUUAUCUCCGUUGUACAGUACGUGGAGUAGAUAACACAAUUAUAAUAGAUGGAAAAGAGCAGAUAUCAUACAGUAAGGCUGACACUGCAUCUGGAAGGACGUGGUUAGUGAUUUUUUGGGAAUGUUUUCACAAUCGAACAACAGUAACACGAGUGAGACUACAUGCCACAAUCCUCCACCAUAUAAUGAAAUUUCACCUUCACCAAUCUGGACUAUCUCUCUAGCCCCAUCUAAUCAAGCAUGGGAUGACAAUGCCUUACCACCUGCGUAUCAUACCCUUAGCAAUGUGCCACUUGUGAAUGUUCCUUUACCAGCUUCUCAGUUUAAUAGUCCACCUACCAAUGAACAAUGGUCUAUGAUGACACCAAGGCCUACCUAUACAAACCCUUCAACGACUCAAGCAACUGCUGUCCACAGUCAACAAUUCAGUAUAGAAACACCAGCACCUAGCCAUAAUAACAAUUCAACAUCCUCAUGGAGUAAUUAUGAUGAUCAUUCCCAGAAUUUAGGGAUAAUACCAGAGACUCAAGGGACAACUUUAUCUGUCCUUGAGAAAAGAUUUCGGAGAAGAAAAAUGAACAUUAUCGGGGGUUCAAUUAUUUUAACAGCCGUUGCGCAGAUUAUAGUGAGCUUGUCUUUGUUGUAUAAUACUGAAUCCAAAUUAGCAUCAUAUGGCACUGCAUACUGGACAUCAGCAAUUUAUAUUAUUACCGGUUACAUAUUAUUGGUUACCAAGAGAAAACCUACCACACAUCUGGUAUGCAGUUCAGUUGUCUUCAACAUUAUGACAUGGAUUUCCUGCGCUACCUCAUUGGCAUUGGCUGUUAUUGACCUUGGAGAAUUUAAGAAGUUGUGCUUCAUUAACGCUUGCUAUACAUAUUCACAACUUUCCCCAUAUUACUACACACUUAUUGCCAUGAAUUCUCUGGUCCUCCUCCUUUCCCUUCCUGCUGGAUUGAUUGGAAUCACCGCUCUUAGUUCUCAUUCAAAAGACAAUUCUUAGCUAUUAUUAACCUUCCACACCUCCAUUACCAGCGACUCUGAUACAGUGGUCCCUCAACAUACGAUGGUAUUCGUUCCAAACAAGCCAUUGUUUUUCGAAUCCAUCGUAUGUUGAGGGAUUCAUGUAAUGUAAAGUAUAGGAAGCUGUACUCACCUGUCCCCGCUGCUACGGACCGCGUCCCGCCACUCCCGAUGGUGUCCCCGCCGCUGCCGAUGGUGAUCCCGGGCCUCUGCUGGGCUCUCCUGGUCUUCUCCGGUCCUCUGCUGGGCUCUUAUGGUCUUCUCUGGUCCUCCGCUGUCUUCUCUGGUCCUCCGCUGUCUUCUCCGGUCCUCCGCUGUCUUCUCCGGUCCUCCGCUGUCUUCUCCGGUCCUCCGCUGUCUUCUCUGGUCCUCCGCUGUCUUCCGCAUGGCCUUACUGGGCCUGCGUAGCGACGUCAUUACGCCACUGCGCACGCCGUUCCUAUUGGAUGACAUGCGCAACAGCGUAUUGACGUCACCGGAGAGGGCCGAUAAGACACCGGAGGACCAGCGCUGGACCCGAAGGGCACCCCGGAGCAUCGUGGAGGGGUAAGUAAUACUCACCGCACCACACGGGGAACAUUAAGCUGCUAUCCGGAUAGCACUUAAUGCGAUGGCCCCGACAUAAAAAAGCAUUGUAUGUCGAUUUGAUCAUAUGUCGGGGCCAUCGUAUGUCAGGGGGUCACUGUAUAGGAUUUCUGCCAUAAUGAAGAUUUGAAUCAUCCUUGUAAGAUGUAUACUAAUUAAUAUGCAUCCUGUUUUGACACUUGUAUAACUCAAUGCAACAAUUACGAAAAGGCCAUUUAUAGAGGAUGUUCACCCAUUUUUAAACUAAAACAUUUACAUGAAACAUUGCUCGAGAUAAUAAAAAUGUAUGGCAUACAUUUAUUACAGUCAAAUAAAACAAAAAAAAUAACCUUAAAGAGAACUAACUUAAAGUGUACCUGUCAUAUCACAGAAAAAAAUAAUGCUUUUAUAUGUGACCCACUAGGCCAUGCAGAUUUUAUUUAUUUUUUAUAUAUAUCUAGCUUCUCUAUUUGGCUCACAAAUUUCCUCUAUUCUGCUGCUCAUUUACUGUGACAUCCACUGCUCAGGAAUGGGCAUGUCCAAGACAAGCACUGAGCCCGCCCCCAAUUACUGUACAUUCACUUCUUACCAAGCUGUUGGACUUGGCUAAAGUUGUCAAUACACUUUAGACUUCAGUCAUACAAGCCUGCAGACUUUGGUGGGUGGGUGUUUGGUGGCCUCCCUCUAGAUGAUGGUGGAGAGAAAGGUCAGGCAUGUUGAAUUUUUACGACCUGAUCCUAUUGUUCUGGGAGAGAUAAACUUACCCCAUUACUCCCCAUAUUGAACACAUGAAUGUCCAGAAGUGCCAAACACUUAUAUGUAUGGGGAAGUCAGAAGAGAUAACUGUUUGGUGAACAAACAUUAUUAAAGUGUAUGGCCAUCCUUAUUGACAGAAAGGUGGUUCCAAUAGGAAUUGGCAAUUGAAACAAUAAGAGGGGUUAUAAGAACAGAGUAACAUGUAGUGUAAAUGCGCACUUAAAGAGGGAAUUCCAACUGGUGCCAGAAAGUUAAACAGAUUUGUAAA